AAUGGUCGCUUGUUUCACGCGUUGAGUUGAGUGUUGUUGGAAGAAAAUCUGAAAAAACUACGUAUUUUUGGAAACUACAAGCAUUAAAUAUCGAUUAGUUCGAACCUCGGAGUCGGCGCGAGUGUUUUGGUGUAUGAAUUUAUUCAUGAGAUACGGAAUAGUUGUGGCAAUAUGAAUGUAAGGUUUUUGCGCUGUCGUUUUGCAUUGGAGUCACGAAAAUGAAAGCUUGCAGAAAUAAUGUCUUCGGCUCGAACUGAGAAAUCGAACUUGCUCGUUGUUGAAAGUGAUUAGCUUAUUAGUUCUGAAAUCAAUAAAUAAAUAGACAACAUUGGUUUUUCCUAGUGGAAAUUGUAAGCAGAAUGGAGUUUUCACAGCCUCCACCCGAUCCUAUGGGAGGUGCAAAUUUUGCCAAUCCCCCUCCAAUUAAUCGUAUUCUGAGCUAUCAGAAUCCACAGUCGCAGAAGCCACAGCAUAACUUUUACCACCACCGACCUUAUCACCAUUUCAAUGGCUUCCGUGGGGGACUUCCCAUGACACAGGAUGAUUUCGAUGGUAAACGGCUCCGGAAAUCGGUAAUGCGUAAAACUGUGGAUUAUAAUGCUUCUAUCAUCAAGGCGUUGGAGACUCGCACUUGGGAACGCGACUACCGCGAUCGACGUGCCCUGCAGCCCGAGUGUAUCUACAUUCCGGAAUUACUGCCGCCUCCGAGCUACAUGGACAAUCCGACCAACGCAGUCACAACGCGGUUCGUCAAAACAGCCACCAACAAGAUGCGUUGUCCGAUAUUCACUCUUGCGUGGACACCGGAAGGGCGCCGUCUUGUCACCGGUGCCAGUUCGGGAGAGUUUACUCUGUGGAAUGGAUUGACGUUUAACUUUGAAACUAUUUUGCAGGCCCACGAUGUCUCCGUGCGGACGAUGGUGUGGUCCCAUAACGACAACUGGAUGGUGACCGGUGAUCACAGCGGUUACGUCAAGUACUGGCAGUCGAACAUGAACAACGUGAAAAUGUUCCAGGCCCACAAGGAACCCAUCCGAGGAAUCAGCUUCAGUCCGUCGGAUUCCAAGUUUGCCAGCUGCAGCGACGACGGUACGGUGCGUGUUUGGGAUUUCCUACGUUGCCAGGAGGAACGUGUUCUGAGAGGUCACGGUGCUGAUGUGAAGUGUGUCCACUGGCAUCCUCAGAAGGCGUUAAUCGUGUCCGGUAGUAAAGAUAACCAGCAACCGAUCAAAAUAUGGGAUCCGAAGAGUGGCCAGGCGCUAGCCACCUUACAUGCCCACAAGUCGACCGUGAUGGAUCUGAAGUGGAACGACAAUGGAAACUGGUUGGUCACAGCAUCCCGAGAUCAUUUGCUAAAACUGUUCGAUUUGCGAAACCUGAGCGAAGAGGUUCAGGUAUUCCGUGGUCACAAGAAGGAAGCUAGCGCAGUAUCGUGGCAUCCGGUGCACGAGGGAUUGUUCGCUUCUGGUGGUUCCGAUGGCUCCAUUCUGUUUUGGAAUGUUGGCACUGACAAGGAGGUCGGUGGAAUCGACAAUGCCCACGAGAGCAUAGUGUGGACUUUGGCGUGGCAUCCGCUGGGUCAUAUUCUGUGUUCGGGUUCGAACGAUCACACGAUCAAAUUUUGGACCCGCAACCGACCCGGCGACCAGAUGCGAGAUAAGUACAAUCUCAACACGCUGCCGGCCAGCUUGGCUGGUUUGGACGAAUGCGAGCUGGAGGACCACGUCGUCAUUCCGGGCAUGGGACCUGAAGACAAAAUCGACAUUGCGGACAGUUUAGGCACUAACAAUAAUGGAGUUAUUCCUGGUCUGGACUUUGCCAAUGUUACCAAUUUCAACGAAAAGAUGAGGGAAAAGAAGAUCCCCUACAGUAAACCGAUUCCUCGCAACUUCCAAGCUCAGUGGAAUGAAGCCAGCAAGUUUGAGGAACAUCGUGAAACAUCGGAUGAGAUCAAGGAAGUUAUAUCGCAAAUUGUUGAAAGUACCCCGGGUGUUGUACCACUUAAAAAGAUUGCACCGUCCGCUAUAAUUCUUUACGACCGAGUCAUUCAGGUGCAGCCUGGUUCUGAUUUGGAAGCUGCUAUUCUAGAGGGACCUACGGCAUUGAACAGAUUCAUCCUGAUGGGAAAAAUAGUGGAAUUGCAGGAUAUAUUACCAUCCAUCGACGACGAAGAUCUCAUGGACGAGAAUGGCGCAGAAAUUCUGGCCACCAGGAUAAAGAUGGAGAUUGAUCCAACCUUUAUCUACAACAAAACGACAGUAAUCGAGCCAUCCGAACCACCGGAAGCUACCGAACCGCUGUUAUCAUCUACUUCGUUAAUGAAACGGAGGACUCCGCCUCCACCCACGCCGGAUCCUACAGCUGGUAUACCGUCUUUACUGCAACUGGAAAUUGCCCCCCCAAUGGAUAUUAAGUUUAGUACGGAUGAAAUAGAAGAUGAGAUGGCACUUAGGAACAGUAAAAAAGGCAGAGAACGGGAAAAGCUGAAGGAGAAAGAACGUCGUGAACAGGAAGAGGAGAAAAAGUUCUGGGCAGAACACAACGAGACGAACUGGGACGAGGAGGACAUGGGCGGUGAUAGUAAAUUUGUAUCGUCAAGGCCAAUGAGGUCCCCUGUUGAAAGUCACAAUACCAACAGCAACGGACAGUGGUCCACCGUGAAAUAUGAAAGUAGCGCCAGGGAAGAAUCUGGCCUUGGCGGAAACUCCUGGGAAAUGGAAGUAGAUGGACCCGGUAACAGCAAAGAUAACAGCAAAGAUGGAUCUGGAUUUUCCAACCCACAGAAAAAUUUCGGUUUUAAUCAAGUCCCACCGAGCUUUGGUGGUCCAAACAACUUCGCUUCCAACAAUUUCAAUGCUGGACCGAACAACUUCAACAGUAGACCUAUCAAUUACAGUUCCGGUCCGAACAGCUUUAGUCAGGGGCCACCAGGAGGUCCAAACAAUUUCGGUCCCGGACCCAACAAUUUCAACCCUGGUGUACCGAACAGCUUCAACCCCAAUGUUCCUCCGGGCUUACCACCCAACUUUAACCAGGGUCCACCGCCUAAUUUCAGUUCUGGGCCACCUGGUAAUUUCAAUUUCAACGGGCCACCGCCGGGCGGUUUCAACAACAAUUUCGCCUCGGGUCCUCCACCGAACAAUUUCAGCAAUUACAACAACGGAGGCAACAACUUUGGUCCAGACCAGGGAGGCAACGAAGGUGGUGAUGGUGGGUGGAAUAACAGCAGGGGUGGUAAUCGCAGCAGAGGCAACAACAUGGGACGAGGUGGACGAGGAAACCAACAACGUGGGUUCCGGGGUGGGAAUCGAAGAAAUUAAGUCGCGUAGUGGAUAAGUAUUAGACGUGUACUGAUAUUUUUCUUUCUUUUGGUUUGUACAGCUCAUUUCUCAUCGGGUUUUGUCAACCAUUAGUAUGUAGUUUAAAAUGGGUGUAUAAUUGCGAAGCAUAACAGAGAGUUUGUGUGUGUGUGAGAGAGUUUAUAGUAAGAAUUUACGGAGCAGUCUGUAUAGCAUAGAGCGCAGCUUGUAUGAGAGGCCAAUCGAACGAAAGUCCGUUGGAAUGCAGAACUUAACUGGUUAGAAUAAAUCUAAAGUAUGAAAAUUACUAGAA